GGGGCGGAAGCGGGGCCGAGCCGUUCCGGGCCGCGCCGCCGUCACAGGGCGCCGCGACCGGGAUGGGCAGCAUGCGCUUCACGGUGGAGGGCCUGCGAGAUGCCAUGAAGUACAUGGUGCAGUCGGAGGGCUUCGACAGGGUGCUCGGCAAGAUGAAGCUUCUUUCUGCAAAUCCAGGAAAAGUUGUGUGUGAAUUGAAAGUGGAGGAGGAACAUACCAACAGAGGUGGCACGUUACACGGAGGUUUGACAGCCACGCUUGUGGACGUGGUAUCAACAGUUGCAUUGCUGUACACAGAAAGAGCAUUACCUGGGGUCAGCGUGGACAUGAACAUCACAUAUACCUCAGCUGCUAAAAUUGGAGAAGAAGUACUGAUUACGGCUCAGAUUUUGAAGCAAGGAAGAAAUAUUGCAUUUGCCAGCGUGGAUCUAACAAAUAAGGCAACAGGAAAGUUAAUUGCGCAGGGCAGACAUACAAAGUAUAUAGGACAGUAAUGCAGCAAAUUUCAAAAAUAAUAACAUUGGGUUAAGAAUCCCCUCUAGAACAAUUUUCUCACUUAUGCGAUGACAAUCUCCACGCUUUUGAUUGUAUAACGUGAAUUGUCUCUGUUCCGUGAUAAGUGAACAAAUUUAUUACCAUCAAAGUGGUUAAAUGCCUAAAAUUAAAGCCUAUUUGGGGAUGAAAAACAACACAAUAGCAGGAGAAUGCAUCUGUUUGGACUUUGAGGGUCAAGAUAACAAAAAGCUUUUGGAACAGCAACAUGGUUUACUAGCAUGACAGUGUUAAAGGAUCUGUUUUGUUUUUGCUGUUAUGUAGCCAUGUGAGUAAGCAGUCCACUCUCCAGGCUUAUGACUAUUGUAUUCACAUGCUACAGCGUAUGCUUACUAACUGUUCUGUAGGGGUGUGGUGAAGGGUUCUUAUUAUUAAGCAACUAAUUUCAUGUUAUGGAAAGUGUGAAGCAAGCUAAUACAAAGCAUAAUUCACUGAUGCCAUAACACAUUCAAAUCUUUUCAAUAAAGCUUUCUGAAACUACCUUUCUAAAGGUUUUUAUCUCUUUGUUUCAAAUAAAA